CUUUAGUUGUGGUGAAUACUUAGUUACAAGGUGCUCACAUCAAGGUGCACAUGUAUGUGUAUGUAAAAAGUAUAUAAGAAUAGUUGACAAAUAUAUAAAGAUAUUGUUAAUUAAUAUUAAAUGAAUUUUUUGUUCAAAAUAAUACAUGAAAGAAAAAUUUAAAUUAAUUUAAAAUAAAAAAGGCCUUGACAUUAGUCAUUUUUCAUAUAAAGAAAAGAAAAUUGUAUCCGUAAAUAGGAGUGGACACAGAUCGAAUACCUGGGUAUUUGGAAGCAUUCGUGUCGAUUCGAUCUUUAGCCACCUAAAUAUUCAGUGACUCGAAUAUCCGAAAUAUUUUAGAAUUUUAAAGAAUAUCCGAUUUGAUCCGUAAAUAAAAUAAAAUUUUAAAAAUAAUUGAAAAUUUUAAUAAUAACAUUUGAUUGCAAAAAUAAAUCAUUAUUUAACUUUUUAAAUUCUAGUACCUAAUAUAAUAAAUUUAAUUCACAAAAAUAUUUUAAACUGAUAUAAAGUAUAAUAUAUAUAACAUAUAUAUAUAUAUACAUAUAAUUCUUUACAUAUAUGUAUAGAUACGCAUAUAACAUAUCAAAUUAGAUAUAUGUUCCCAAAGUUAUUGGUAUUUUUGAUUUGCUUCUUUUUUGGAUAUUGUAUUUUAGUAUUUGAUUUGUUUUGUAGAGUUAUAGAUAUCCAUAUUUAUUGGUUCAAAUCAAAAUGGAUAGCGAAUCGAAUCUAAAUUUAUGAAUAUUUUGUUCAACUUUAUCCGUAAACAAUAAAUAAAUAAAUAAAAAUAUAUAUAUAUAUAUAGUUUGGCUUUUGAUUCGUUAUCUAUUUCUAUUCAAACCGAAAAAUCCAGAGUUUUAUUGGAACCAUGUAUAUGAGAUUUAUAUUAAAAAAAAAUGCAAAGUACAUAGUGUGAACACAUUUAUGAAUAUAGUGUAAACGCGUUAGCAUAUUUAUUAUGAAAUUAUUGUAAGACUGCCACGUAUCUAGUAUCAUGUGAAUGCAUUUAUUAUAAUAUUUUUCUUUUAAUAUAUAAGGGAUAUUUGGAAGGAAUAAUCAAUUUAAAAUGGAAUGGAGAGAAGAAUUUAGACAAUGGGGUUUGUGACAAAGUCCGUAGAUAUCUCUACGAUACAAGGUAUGGUGAUGCAUGGCAGUUUAAUUAUCUGUAGAAUAUAAUUCGGAACCAUGUGAUCGUAUUAAAUGGGAUAUUACGUGUAAAGUAAUCAUAGAAUUACGUUUGCAUUAGUUUCAUGCACACGUGAUUAGUUUCACCGUAUGAGACUAGGACUAUCUGCAUGUAUCAGAAAAUAGUGUUUAAACAAACAUAAACUACUACUUAAAUAGCUGUUUAUUUAGAAUCUUCGUCAGUCAUUAGUAACUGUUAGACAUGUUUUCUGAGUAAAAUUUAGAACAGUUUAAAGCAUUAUUUAAUUAUAUCUCGUUUGCUAUAUGAUUAAGUGUGCAAAGAUCUGGAAUUUUUUUUAAAAAAAAAUUGUAGCGUGUCAUAUUAAUGAAACGUCGAGAUCCACGGGAGAGAGUAGAAUAACCAACCAGUUUUAUUUUUGAACACCUGAAUAACCAACCAGCAAAACACCAAAAUGUUGGUUAUUUAAAAAUAAUAAUAAUGUGGUAACAAUUUGAAGUGGUAUUUUUUUUUAAACACAAUUUGAAGUGGUAAAAGGAGCGGUGGUUAUACGGAUUCCAUACGGCUCACGUGAAAGCCUGAUUUCCUUUUACAUCAUCUUCUCAUUUUGCCCGGUCCAAAUUUUCUCAUAAAUAACAGCUGUAAAACUCGUUCAAACGUUUUUAUUUUUUCUGUCUACCAGUUCUUUUUUUGAACAAUCUGUCUACCAGUUCAAUCGAGCAUUUUUCCUUGAAUGUAGGAGUCCUUUUUUAUAUUCUCUCUGUUUUCAAAUAUUUAUUUUUAAUAUUUACACAAACAUUAAAAUACAUUUUAAAUUGAUUAUAAAUAUAUUAUUUUCUAAUUAAACUAAUAUUAGUUUCAUAAAUUAUUUUUAAACUAAAAUUAUACGUAUUUAAUAAAUAAAAAUAAAUACAUAUUUAUUAAUUAAUCUUUUAAAAAUAAAGUAUUUCUCUUGAAACAGAAGAAAUAUUAUUUUAUUAUACUUAAAAUGGUUAUAACUUUAAAGCAUAGUUGAUUAUUAAUCUAAAAUUUCAUAAUUCCAUAAAAAAAGAGUCAACAAUUAUAGUGUUUAUUAGUAAUCAAAUUUCAAAUUAGAUAUCUAGAGUAGACCUCCAAGAUUAAAUAAAAACAAUAUAGAAAGGUGAAAGAAAAAAAAAAAGGGGGUUCAAUAAUCUAUAAUAUAAUGAGGGAGUUUCUCUCCUCCUGAGGCGACACGUCAGCACUUUUUAAAAGGGUCGAAUUUGUUUUCGUAUAACACUUACGUCGUCCUGGCUAAUUCAACUAAAGUCUACUUGGCCCAGUGGUAUAACCCGCUCAUAGUAAAGCUUGAGAAUACGGGUUCGAAUCCCCUGGCUACCUUUUUAAUUUUUUUUUUACGUUGACGAGCAGUGGGCCUCGCAUAUAUUUCUCUGGGCCCAAACUUCUUUCACGACCCCUAGGGUUUCAUUUUACUCGCAGAAUGUUCUUCGACACAGAGACGCUGCCUCAUCUGGCGAUACGAAUUCCGUAACUCAUCUCAUUAACGCACAAUUACACCGCCGCUGAUACGAUUUGGCUCCUUCAAACGCUUCUUCAGUCUCCAUUAUAUAGCUGCUUCCAAGUUUCUCCGGUCGCUAACGCCGUCGUCGCCCGAUCCACAUUCAACUCUCUCCGUCUCGGACGAACUUCUCAGUUCGUUGUUGGUCGUUUGCAUUUUUAAAUUUCUGAACUUCUUAUAUUUUAUUUUCUUUGUAAGGCUCACAUUGUUGGUGUCCUCCAACGAAAUGAAUGGUGGUUUGUUUCUUGCACCAGUUGCAGCCGGAAGAUUACAGAAUCCGACACUUUAUUCCGUUGCAACAGAUGUGUUUCUGCCAACGUGACCGGAGUCAUCAGUUUGACGUCCUCUCUAUCCAAGUUCCGUAACUAGCUGUUGAUGAUGGAAAGGACAGUGCCACUUUUGUGGUCUUCAUCAGAGAGAUGACAAAACUCAUCAAGAAAUAGGCAAGCAAGUCUGGCUCUUGAGGAGAUGAGUAGCAGUGAGGAUAUGGAGGUACCAAAAUGUCUAUCUGGCAAUGAACAUGUUUCUCAGCUACGUGUAAUUCCCACCGUACGUUCACCGUCUCAGCAAUCAUUGAUCUCUUACUUAGCACUUAGGCAGAGAGGUGAGAGUGGCAGCAGCAACCCAGCUCCAGUCGUGGGUAUGGAAUCUGGACAAGCAACAUGGGUGAUGCGCCAAACAUUUCACCGGAGGUUGCUGUAGCAAGUCUGCCAGCUUCUCUAGGCGACGAAACACCUGCAAACGCCCCGUGAAUGAUUGUCGCUGGGCCAUGUAACGUCAACCCCACUUAGCUUUCGUCUCAUUUCAAUUUUCUGUUUCCAUAUGUUUUCCCUAUUUUUAACUUUGGUUAAGCUUUGAUUUGCUGUAAACUAUCUCUUACUGGUGUAAGAAUUACUAUUACUUUAAAGUGACCAUUGACGUGUCUUUGCUUAUAUUCAAAUAGUCGGUUUAAUGUCUCGAAAAAUUAAUCGUCUUAGAAUCGGUUUAAUGACUUAAAAAACUAAUCGUCUUAUAAUCGGUUUAAUGUACUCGAGAAAACUAAUUGUCUUAGGAUAAGCUUAGUCUACAAAUAACAAAACAACUAUUGGAAUAUAAGCAAAGACACGUCAAUGGUCAUACUAAUUGUCAACUUGCAAAAAAAUACAUUAAUAACAAACCAUUAAACUCUACAAUCAAAACGCUACUCCAAGACUUUGACAUACGAUCUAAUCGUCACAGACCUACAAGGAACUAAUUGACCACCAACUACAAAACUGGAAAACAAUAUAUGCACACCAACUACAAAACUGGAAAACAAUACAUGCGGCCAUAAUGCUCCGAAAAUUACAACAACAAUAUUCAUCCUCUUACAUACGGCCAUAAUUCCCAUUAUCUUUUAAAUAUAAAUUGUCCGUCGUGUAAAGAAAGUAAUCUAUGAAUCCAUCUUAGAUACUAUUAAUAUAAGGAAGAUUAUCAUGUUUAAACCUCCGGUAUCGUUUCAGUUUUAUUUUCAACUUCGGUUAUAAUCAUCAAAAAAAUAAAAAAACAUAUGUUUCCUCACUAAUAAACAUUUACCCCUAACCAAUACAUUCGACCCUGAAUCUCAUAAACAUUACAAUUUAAACAUUAUAUAUACACAUAAACAAUAUUCUUUUUUUGGCCUUGUCUCCAUUUUAUUAUUUUUUUGUAAAAAUUGCAAAAUUCUCGAUAUUCAAGAAAACGUUUUUAUUUCAUUUCUCUUACACUACUAAACAAUAAUACACUAACACACUAAUUCAUUUGACAAUAACUAACCCCAUAAACCUCAGUUUUUGCACAUGACGACACUAACAACGAUUAUGGUCCCCGGCGAAAUCCCAUACACAAUAAUACACAGCGAUCAACAAUGUACCCAGCCCCGCGCUUGCGCGGGGCCUAUACCCCUAGUGUGAAGGAAAAAGGGAAUUAAAAAUCUAUAAAAAGAGACGCUUGGGGGAGAGUCAUGGGUCCACUUCCUUCAUUCUUCUCCGAUUCUUUUUCGAACUUUCCCUGAAAACUACUUCUUUCAAUCUCACAUUUCACAUUUCUCAUUGAGAAAAUGAGUUUCAUCGAUUUCGACAGCGUGAAAGCAGAGAAAGCCAAGGCACUGCAUCGUUUCCAUAGCAUUGGUUUCCUCUUCCGUAUCACGGAGAUCUGCGUCGCUCUUCUCUUACUCUGUUGGAUAUUCACUUCCCUUCCUUUCGCCGUUCAAAUCUCCGGCGAGUUUCUCCGCCGUAUCUCUUACGUCGUCUCCACUCCUCUCUUCAUGUUCGUCCUCGGAAACUUCAUCGUCGUCGCUCUUCUCACCACCAAAUCCACCGUCUUCUCCGCCGCUAGUACCAUCGACGGCGGAGCAGAGGCGUAUAUCUACGACGCGUUUAUCAGAACCGGAGAUAACCGCGCAAAUUCUUCCGACAUUGGAGAUCUGACGGAAGAGAUCAUCGUCUACGACGAUAAACAGAUAAUCAACACCGAAACUGACUCAAACUCAAAUCCCACGGCGGGGCGUGAAGAUCACGCGCAAAUAGAACCGGAGAAGAAAUCGAAGGAUCAUCCUCUUACGAAAGUCUACCAAAGGAGCAAGUCGGAAAUCUCUGCGAAACAGUGUCCAGUGACGGUGUCGAAACCUUUGCUCCGGCGAUCGGAGACGGAGAAAUGCCGGGAAAUAGUGGAGGCGUGCGAAGAUGUUCCGUUUCCGGAGGACAAUCUGACGAACGAAGAGUUUCAGAAAACGAUCGAAGCAUUCAUCGCGAAACAGUUGAUAUUCCGUCGCCGGGAAUCACUCGCCGUCGUUAUCCAUAACUAGAAAUAAACAGAGUUUUAAUAUAUAGGCAUAAACUAUGUAAUGUAACUUCGAUAUCAAACCAACAAACAAAGUUUUGUAAGGAAGAACAUCAAAGAGAUCGGUUCCAUCUCAUGUGUUCCUUUUGUUGUUUGUAUUAAAUACGUACACUUAUAAUGUUCGAAUCAAGAUUUUUCCAAAACAAAAAAAAAGAAGAUUUUUCGAAAGAUUCAGAUGCAUUUUGAA